AUGAAAGCGUGUGAUUUGUGUUUGUAUUUUGUUUGACUGGUCUUUGGUCCCUCUCUCUCUCUCUCUCCUUUCUCUGUUCUGUCUUUGAAGAGGGAGAGAGAGGGAGAAAGGGUCACCGGCCGCCCCCGCCAAUAGAACCCUCCUCCCUCCUUCCUUCUUCCAUAAAAGUCAAUUCCCAUAGCCACCCAUCCAACCGGUAACCGGUCCCCUCUUUCUCUACAAUUAUAUUCAACCUUCUCUCUCUCUCAAGUUUCAUUUUUUCAUUUGUUGAUUCCUUCUUCUUCUUCUUCUUUGGCUCAAUUCUCUUCUGGGUCUUCUAGCUUUUUCGGAAAAGGUCAAGUUUUUAAUUGAAUUGGAUUGGUUCUUUGGCCAUGGCAACGUCUACCGCUGGAUCCAGUGAUCCAUCAACCACCAGAAGACAAAGCAAGAAACCCAAGUACUCAAAGUUUACACAACAAGAACUUCCAGCGUGCAAGCCUAUUCUCACACCAAGAGCAGUGAUUUCAGCAUUCUUGAUUGUCACCAUCGUGUUCGUUCCCAUUGGAGUUGCUUCGUUAAUUGCUUCACAUGAUGUUGUUGAAAUAAUUGAUAGGUAUGAUGCAGAGUGUAUACCUUCAAAUGUGACAGACAAGGUGGCAUACAUUCAGACUCCAGGAGAAAAGCCAUGCAAAAGAGAACUACAUGUGGAGAAGCGCAUGAAGUCUCCUAUCUAUGUUUACUACCAGCUUGACAACUUUUACCAGAAUCAUCGGCGGUAUGUUAAAAGCCGAAAUGAUGAUCAACUGAGGGAUUCUGGAAAAGCAAACUCGGUGAGUGGUUGUGAGCCUGAAGAUGAUGCUAAUGGAAUGCCAAUAGUGCCUUGUGGUCUUAUUGCUUGGAGCUUGUUCAACGAUACAUACAGCUUCUCGCGCAACAGCAAUAAUUUGACAGUGAACAAGAAAGGCAUUUCAUGGAAGAGUGACAGGGAGCACAAAUUUGGAAGUGAUGUUUUUCCAAAAAAUUUUCAGAAUGGUUCUAUAAUAGGCGGUGGUCAUCUUGAUGUAAACAUUCCAUUGAGUGAGCAGGAGGAUCUUAUUGUUUGGAUGCGAACUGCUGCUUUGCCAACUUUUAGGAAGUUGUAUGGUAAGAUUGAGGUAGAUCUGGAGAAAGGCGAUGUCAUACAGGUGAAUUUGGGAAAUAACUACAACACAUAUAGUUUUAGUGGCAAGAAGAAGCUUGUUCUGUCGACCACUAGCUGGCUAGGUGGCAAGAAUGACUUCCUUGGCAUUGCGUAUCUCACUGUUGGAGGAUUGAGCUUCUUUUUGGUUCUGGCCUUUACCAUCAUUUAUCUCAUCAAGCCAAGGCAACUUGGAGAUCCCUCUUAUUUGUCAUGGAAUAGGAACCCUGGAGGGCACUGAGCAAAGCAAGUAAUUGUACUUGAUAUUCCCAGAUUUGUAUGCCUUUCUCCAUUAUACAAACUACAGUGGCGGUUGUAAUUUUGUACAUCAAUGUUACUCACACAUGCUAAUAAUAACUAUUCAUAUGUUAGGUGUUAUUAUUGUCCAAUACCCCACAAAUUCUUUUAUUGUUUUGUCGUCCUCUGCAUGAGAAUUGGAAUAUCUUGUAUUUUAUGACAAAUAGUGUGCAAUAUAUACGUCCUAGUUAAUUUCAAA